GGAGGGGAGCGGGGCGGCGGGGCGCGCGGAGCCGGUGCCCUGCGCCGCCUCAGCCGUCUCGCCCGCGGGCCGGCCACCAUUUGGGCCGGGGUGUCGCUGUGCUGGUCCCGGCCCAGGGACCGCCCUGGCUUCCCCCGGGCUCCGCGAGCCUGCGGACCCACAACAAACCCACGUGCGCUCGGCCCCCGGGAGCCCGGCUUUCCCCACCGCACCGUCGGUGAGGUGUGGGACGCCUCGCAGACUCCGGGGUCCUGCGUAUUCCCGCAGCUGGAUUUGCGGACCGGGAAACUGAGGCCUGCGGGGGGCGGGUGGGGGCUCAGGCACCAUAACAAACGCACGUGCGCUCCGCCGCGGGAUCCCCGCGCCUCGCUGGCCCUGCCAGGGCCGCCCGGCGCAACCGGGCCAUUGUCUCAAGCCGCGGGGGAGGGAGCGGCGCUCGGGGCGCCUCUUGCCGGAGGAGGACGACGGAGACAUUGAAAAGGCAACAUAGAGCCUGUUGUGCAGAGAGGGAGGAGCAGUGAGAUCCUGGAGCCCAGCUGAAAUGAACUGGCCUCCUUGAGCGGGCCCAAGCCCGGGUGCCAGGCCUGUGUCCCAGCACUGAGCCCUGAGCCUGAGUCACCGUUGGAUCCUUAUUACCUGGUACUGGGCCCCAGUCCCUGUUGGAUCCAUGUCACCUACCACCGGGCCCGAACAGCGUAGCCCUCUAUGUUUUUCGAUCAUCCGGAGAAAAAUGAGCCUUGGCCUCUAGACCCAAUAAAGCAAACAUUCCUCCCAUGGAGACUAGCACUGGUUCCUAAGGACCUGAAGGGCCUGCAGCCCCAGGGGGAUUAGCCAAAAGCAGGCUUGUUUUCUGCUCAGAACAGAGUGGCUGCUCUGAACACAUCUUUCAUUAUGAUUCACACCAACCUGAAGAAAAAGUUCAGCUGCUGCGUGCUGGCCUUUCUCCUGUUUGCAGUCAUCUGCGUGUGGAAGGAGAAGAAGAAAGGGAGUUACUAUGAUUCCCUUAAGUUGGAAACAAAGGAAUUCCAGCUGUUGAGAGGUCUGGAGAAACAGGCUGUGACUUUGAGCAGCACCCAGAAGUCCCCCAGGGGCCGCCAGGCCCUCAGCAGUCCCCGGGGCCCAGCCAAGGCCAAGCCUGAGGUCUCCUUCCAGGUAUGGAACAAGGACAGCUCUUCCAAAAACCUCAUCCCCAGGCUGCAGAAGAUCUGGAGGAAUUAUCUGAAUAUGAACAAGUACAAAGUGUCCUAUAAGGGGCCAGGGCCAGGUGUCAAGUUCAGCGCAGAGGCCCUGCACUGCCACCUCCGGGACCAUGUGAAUGUCUCCAUGGUAGAGGCCACAGAUUUUCCCUUCAACACCUCUGAAUGGGAGGGUUUCCUGCCCAAGGAGAACAUCAGGACCAAGGCUGGGCCAUGGGGCAGGUGUGCUGUUGUCUCAUCAGCCGGAUCGCUGAAGUCCUCCCAGCUGGGCCGAGAAAUAGAUGAUCAUGAUGCAGUCCUGAGGUUUAAUGGGGCGCCCACAGCCAGUUUCCAACAAGAUGUGGGCACGAAAACCACCAUUCGCCUGAUGAACUCUCAGCUGGUCACCACUGAAGGGCGCUUCCUCAAAGACAGUCUGUACAACGAGGGAAUCCUAAUUGUGUGGGACCCAUCUGUUUACCAUUCAGAUAUCCCAAAGUGGUACCAGAGCCCCGACUACAGUUUCUUCGAGAACUAUAAGAGCUACCGAAAGCUGCAUCCCGACCAGCCCUUUUACAUCCUCAAGCCCCAGAUGCCUUGGGAGCUGUGGGACAUCAUUCAGGAAGUCUCCCCAGAGGAGAUUCAGCCCAACCCCCCAUCCUCUGGGAUGCUUGGUAUCAUCAUCAUGAUGACGCUAUGUGACCAAGUGGAUAUUUACGAGUUCCUCCCAUCCAAGCGCAAGACCGACGUGUGCUACUACUACCAGAAGUUCUUUGACAGUGCCUGCACAAUGGGCGCCUACCACCCACUCCUCUUUGAGAAGAAUCUGGUGAAGCACCUCAACCAAGGCACAGACGAGGACAUUUACCUGCUGGGAAAAGCUACACUGCCUGGCUUCCGGAGAAUUCGCUGCUGAACAUGGGCUCCCUGGUCAGGUCCCCUAGCCCUUCUCCACCAAGUCUGGGCAGAUCACGUUCCUGAACAAUCCAGCCUGCACGGUGGGCCUUCUGUCAAGAAAAGCCUCAGGCUGCAGGAGUCCCAACAGCAAGCAGCCAGGUCCAGCCAGGUCCAGCCUACCCCGUAGUUGCAGAGGUGUGCGAGCCCAAAGCCUCCCGCCACACACACAUACACACACACCUAGCAUUCUUUCCACAUCACCUUUCCCACCAGGGCUGCCAAAGCUGGGCUGUUUUCCCCAUCAGAAUGAUGUUAUUCUCACAAACCAGUACUCUCUAUUGCUCGAAAUCUGCACCUAGACACUGAUUUCAUGUAUGAAAGAAAUUCUCCCAAAUUAUGAUUGUGCCCGCAUAUAGGGUGGCUCUGGGGAGCCAGUAAGUGGUGUGGGGCGUAGGAAACAUGCUUGAUUCCUCCAGAACAAAGUUGGUCCCAAGGUCCAUGCCCCUGAGAGACGUGGCAUUCCAAUCACUCUAGCUGGUUUGGCGGGUCCUUAGCCUGGGUGCUUAUGCGCAAAGGGUCUUGAUGAACCCACAUCCUCUCCAUAUGGAGAAGAGAGCCACAAAAGGGCACGGUCUCCAUCCUCUGGUUGCUCACAGUUCAGUGGGAGAGAGAUGGAAGAUUCAGUGCACUCAGUUCACAGCCAGCGGGGGGGGUGGGGGUGGGGGUUGGUGGAGAGGCUGAGUUGCCGUGCUGUGGGCUUGCAUGCUCGGAGGGGCCACGCAUUUGCUGUAUCUGUGGGUUGGAGAGGGCUUCGCUGAGCUGCGCUGUGGAGAUUUUAGAGGAUUGGAGAAACAUGUCAAGCAGACGUUUGAGUCAUCUGAAUUGUGUUUUCCUUUCUGCCUUUAUUGCCCAUAUUUAUUUUCUAAGGUCUGCCUGAACUUCGAGGCUCAUUAUUUUCUAAGGAAACCACUUCCCCUGUCUGAGCACAGCCCCGUGGCAGACACCUGGCAAGCCAGAUGCCAAAAACCAGAUUUGUCCGUGCUCGGCCUGGCCGGACCCUUGGCUGCAGCUGGGUUCGCACACCUUGUCCACUGCUUCCCUGUUAAUGCCCGCCCCACCCCCUCCUAGCUGCCAUUCUUGUUUUCCCCUUUAAAGCAGUAGAUUUUUUCCCUCUUUCAAAUUACUUUUAAGCAUUUUGUACUUUAAAAGUAUCCUGAUCCGAUGAUUUCUUUCACCUUCAUGGGCCUUUUGCGGAAUGUCUCUCAGGGAGUGGGGAUGUGGUUCCCUAGAAUUUAAAGUUGCUCUCAGAAGUCAGAACCUUAGAGAUCAUAACUGAUUCUCACAAGGUUUCUCAGACGGCCAUGGCCUCCACCCCUCCAGCAAGGGUGCAAUAUCAGAGUCUCCAGACAGAGGCCCUCCCCCUGUGGUGUACAAACAUGCUUCCUGGGUAGUUUUGCUACCCCCCCUUCUCCAGUGGAGAACCACACUGGACUGGUCUGGGCCCUGGUGAGGAGAAGAUAAAGGAUUCACUCAAGGUCACAAAAUAAUGCUGUAGAGCCAGGGCUCCUAGGUCCAUGUGCUCAAGGGCCUCUUAAGCUUGAGCUCUAGACCAGUCGUCUGGGAGCUGGAGUGCUCAUGUGCUGCCAAACCCUUGGCUUAUAUAGGCAGUAGCAGGAGCCCCGGGGAGGGCUGAUGUUCCCGUAUAUACUAGUCAUGCCCCCAUGAGCAAAUUUUCCUGAGACUCUGUUUCCACAUCUGUAAAAUGGGGGUGAUAAUCCUACCUCACAGGGCUGUUGUAAGGGUUACAUGAAACACCUGUCCUGGUUCUGUACUUGGCCCAUAGCAGGUGCUCAGUACAUGGUGGUUUCCUUCCUCCCUCUCUCUCCUUCCUCCCCUCCCUCGCUCCCUGCCUUCCUCCCUUUACUAAGGACCUGUUCCACGCUCACACCUGGGCAGGAUCUUGCCUUGAGGGAGGCCAGAGACGGGGUCCUGUCAUCAGGGAAUUAACUAUGCUACUGGGAGACAACAACUACCCUGCCUGGAACAUCCAGGAAAUCAUCCGAGGCAAUGGAGAGUGCAGGUGCAAAAGUGUCCCCCCCCAACCCCGCGCCCACUCCUUGCAGCUCUGGCCUUUCUGCUUGGGAAUGGGCCAAGCACUUGGGUUGCUUCCUGCUGUGUGGAGGGAAUCUUUUCCACUGAUCUGGGCCUAUGAAUUCCCAGCUUGCUUUAGGUUCUGAUUUGACACACUCAUUGCAAUCUUUGAAUCACACACAUUGAGAGGAAGGCGGCAUUCCACCAGCAGGAGAUAGGCGUUGGUGUGGACACUGAAACUACACUGGGUAGUUGCUAGCUUUUAAUUGUUAUUAUUAAUAUAAGGGAUCAGAUUAAUUUAAGUGUGAUUCUGGGUCUACAGAACUUUAAUUCUGUGUUCUCUCUAUAUGGAAACUAGUAAAAUGCAAAUAAGACAGGGAUAUUAUUGUUGGUCUGGUGAGAGGUUUCAUAUUUGCAACAGAUAAUAUAAAAAUGGUGAUUGAGUGCUGCAGGAAAGUCCCCGUCCCAAGGGGGCUGUGUCUUUGUCAGUAGCCAUCUCUUCAUCCCAUAUCAUGAGAUCCCCCAAUCCUUCAGUCACAUAAGCUAUCCACCUUGGUUUGGAGACCUCGAUCUCAGAAGUGUCUGAAACAUGCCUAAUCGAAUUCUGAAUUACCCAAAGAUGAUGUAAAAUUUUAAAAUAAAUGUGUUUUUAAAAAGCUGCUCCCUCUCUUCUUACUUGCUAAGGGAAUGACUGUUCCCUUCUCAACUUUUAUCUCCAAGGAAGACACAACUGGAAUCCCAAAGCCACUAAUCCUCCCCUGCUACCUGCUAGCUUCUCCGCAGUACUCCAGGAAGAAGAAUGGUCACUUAUGUGGCAGGUAGCAUCUUUGAGAUAUUGACCGAUUGGUUUUUCUUCCUUUUGCUCUUGCUUAGAUUCAAAUGACUAAGUUGUUUGUCCAACACCUCAGGGAAGGGAUGCAGUAGGGCAGAAAGCGAACGGAAGGAAGGUCUUUUUACCUUGGUUUCCAAAAGCCUAAAAACCCUUAAGGGAAUGAUAUCCCAAGGGAACAGCCAAAAUAUUUGGAUAAAAAUCCCGAGAAGCAGGAAUAGGAGAGAAAGGAGAAUUCCUUUUCUCUGUGAGCUGUGUGCCUCCCAUUAUGACUUAAAUAUGUCCCCCUACACCACACUACACUACACUGUAGUCUAUUUAAGUGUGCAAUAGCAUUGUGUCUACAAAAACCAUGCAUAUACCUUAAUCAAAAAAUAUCUUCCUGCUAAAAAAUGCUAUCUGUCAUCAGCUUUCAGUGAGUCAUAAGUGGAGGGUCUUGCCUGGAUGUUUCUGGCUGCUGACUGGUCAGGGUGGUGGUGGCUGAAGGUU